AUACAAAUUAUCAUUCGAUCAGAUCACUGAUCUUAAUAUGCCUCUCAAGUGAUGUGUUAACUCGCUAUAUUGUGAGUAACAUCACAUGGGAUGCAGCUCAGUCACACAAUCUAUCGUGAAAAUGUCUACUUCCUAAUCUUCAUCAGGACACGUGCCAUUAUUACCGUCUGUGCCGUGCUAUCAAUAAUGUCUUCCAGUCUUACGAUUAGUAGCAGAACCCUACCUCACCAGAGCGCACGGCCGCUUUUGUUCUACGCUUAACAAGCAUUUCCAAGUUUGCCCGUGUGCGCGCGCGCUUGUGACAAAGACAGCAGAAAGUGCGUCUGCAUUUGACUCGUCACACUAACCAGCACGGACGGCACACGGACAAUCACAAACCCACUAUUUUUGCAGCCUCAACGCGCUCUCUUUAGCACGAUCGUUGACUGAUUACGACUUUCUCCCCUCAGCUUCCACCUCAUCCUCUCUCCAUCUGUCCCGCAGAUUUGCAGGACUCGGAUGCAAGCUUUCCCCUGAGUCACGGACCGUAUCGCAGUUAGCCAGGUUCGUCGAGAGAAUCACAAUUCCGGCAACAGUCUUCAAAAGAACGAGGGACUCUUUUUUUAGACGUGGCUUUGAUUGAUUGGCAAGUCCCACACAGGUGAGCCAGAAGCCGAGACAUCCCUCGACCCCCCCCACCCCCUUCCCCUGUCCUGAGCUAGUACCAGCAUGGCAGAUGAGCGACAGCCAGAAGACGGUUCCGCUCAGUGGGACCCUUCGAGGGGCCAGGAGCCCAUUGGUACCCACGGGGCCAAUGGUUUCUCAUCUUCAUCGUACAGGACAUGCCAGACCGGUGGGGCUCACACGACCGCCGCCCCCUUCUCUGCAAGGGAGAACGGGUUCAACGGGGAGUUAACCGGUGCUCACGCUAUAACUGCAGAGCAAGUGUCCGCUAGGAUCGUGCAGGAAGUGACUGCAGAGGCAGUGGCGGUACUGAAGGGGGAACAGGAGAGUCAAAGGCUGCCCUCAGUUGAAGACACGGCCAAUUUACCUCCAUCGCCACCUCCUUCACCGGCUGCAGAACAAUUUGGUCCUCUUGAGCAAGAUGUAGGGGAUGAGGAGGAGGCAGGCCCUCUCCGGCGCUUCCAAAAUUCUCGCGAGAGGUGCAAGUUCCUCGCCCCCUCCAUCUCAGUUUCUGUGCCUGAGGACGACCCCUACCACUCCGACGAGGAGUACUAUGAGCACCCCUUGUUCAGCCCAGAGUGGACGCACUCGGGUGCCCGCCCCAUGGGGCAGGCUGUGGCCUUUAGGCAGAUCGAAGAAGAGACCAUGGAAGCUCUUACAGCUGAAUACGAGGAGGAGGUUGACGAGGAGGAUGAUGUGGAUGAGGAAGAGGAUGAGGAGGAGAGUGCAGAGGCAGCUCUUGAUGAGCAGCAAUGGAGCGGGGAAGAGCCCGACUCGGACAUCCCCGAAGCAGAAGUUUUAGAGCAGGCAGAGGCCGUAGACAAGGCCCCGGAUCUAGACCAGGGCCCAGUUGAGGCAGCUAGUGCUCCCUCAGGAAGCUCUUUGGACAGAGAGGAGGAGCAGGAGGAGGAGAAGGAAGAGGAGGAGGAGGAGGAAGCAGAGGGUGAGGAGAGCCCUGAGACAGAUGUCCUUUCAGCUGUGAAGACGGACUUGGAAAAACCCGUAAGUGAGAAAAGCGGUUCCAUGAGCCCGGACAGCAUCGGGUCAGAGAAACGUCCAGAGGAGUUUUUUGAGCAACAGACCCAGGAGUUCUUUGCCGGUGAACGAAUCGUACCAGAGAGUCCCACCAUCGAUAUGCCAUCUUUUGUACCUCCAGAUGUUCAAACUCAAGCCAAAGAAUCUGCAAAGUCAAUCUCCCUUCAGCCCAUUUACGGCGAGCCCCUCACCGUGUCUGAGAAGCAGCCGUCUGUGGAGGUGGUAGAGUUCAGCAGCCUCGGUGCCCCCUCUGAUUUCUCAGCGAUGGGAGUCAAAGUUGAAGAAGGAAAUUUGACAAGUGAUGCAAUGUCGGCAUAUUUCGAAACAUCAGCCCCUGAGUCUCACGUGUCCCCCCAGGGUAAGAGCGAGGGUUAUUAUGAACUGAGCCGAGUCAGUGACGAGACCAACACCGUUGAUUCCAAGUUUCCGAAGAUUGAUUUGCCAGCUCGGGAGAGUCCUCAAACCCAAAACACAGACACUCAAGAUUUCUCAGUUCCAGACAGAGGUAAUGAAUGCAAGCUUUCCCCAGGUAAACUGGCCCUGGAGCAAAGGAGCUAUUCCUUGAACAUAACCAUUGGGGCAAUGGAUCAAAACGGCCAAGGCAGAAUGAGGAACUUUUCCCCACUGGCCACUGAUAUCAUGAUGCACACCAGUGGAAGUCUCGAUGAGUUGGCGGAUUACCUCCCAACCACGACUCCUUCCGGAGAAAAGCCACCUCCCUUUCCACCACUAAUCCUAGAGACUGCAGCUUCAAUCACUUCUGAUUCCUCAUCUCCACCAAGAAUGGCUGACACCAUUUCGAACCCCAGCCCUGAACCCGACUCACCCGGGUCCCCAGAUUCCCCCCAGCCAUGCGAGAGCAGCCCUCAAAAUAACGCCGUCAUGGCUCAAGACUUGCCUGAGAUGCUAGAUCUUGCUGGGUCCCGUUCUCGACUGUCAUCUGAAACUACUGAACCAGAAAUUGUACGGCGAAAGUCAUUUCAAGCCUUCUCUGAUGACCUGCUUUCUAGCCUCAUCUCAGGCGAGCAAAGUCCUGGAAUUAAAAAGAGUGACAGUCAGCUGGAAGAGAUGGGCUAUUGUGUGUUCAGUGAAUACUCUGGACCUAUGCCGUCCCCUGCAGAUGUGGUUAGCCCAACAAACACUUCUACACAGGUCUUCACCCCCGCUGUUCUUGAGGAGAAAGUCGCUGCACAGGCCAGGAAGCUAGCAGUUAGAGACGCAUCUUUCGAAGACCAGAACCAGACUGUGGAGUUGACUGUCAGUGAAGAAAAGGAGAAGAGCGAAAGUAAAGGGAAAGAUUCCUCUGAAGAGGGUCAAAAUAAUAUGAAUGACCAGCUGAAGACAUCAGUCAGUGAGCAGGUGAAAUCACCUGCCCUGCCAGGGGAGUCGUUUGUGACACCCACUGUCACGGUGACUCUCGAAGAAAGUGGGAGGUCAGGAAGCGAGACAGAACAACAAGCCAGUGGCGAAGGCUCCGCUUCCGAAACGGAGAUUGCCGACUAUGAGAGGCAGAUCCGCAAACUGGAGAUGGAGGGCAGGCCUCUGAGUUUGGAGGAAGAACGAGAGUUGCAGGAGCUUCGGGAGAAGGUCAAGCUGGUGCACCAGGAGGCUUACGAGGAGGUGGAUGCUGAAGAUGUCUACCAGUUGACCGGGGUGGCCAAGCACCGCAUUGCCAGGCCUGUCAAGACUUCCCCCACUUCAUCAGUGGAAAGCAAUAUUGAUGAUGACAAACUUCUUUCUCCAGUGCUCUCACCAUCCAAGCUCAAACAGAAAGAGCUUUAUGGCUCCCCUAAAAGAGCAGUGUCACCGGUGUUAACAGUAACCAAAGAGCCCAAGGAGGAAGCAGAUGAAAAUGCGAGAGAACAGAACGAAAAAGAAGCACCUCAAGGGAAAAUUGAGAUUGAGACGGCGAAUCACACUUCAGAGGAGCCGGAAAAGAAACUGAAUGAAAUCAAAGAGAUGGAAGAAAAGGAAAGGAGGGAAGAUGCGGCAGAGAGGACUCAAAGGGAGGACGAUGAGAAAGAGCAAAUGAGACAAAAAGAAGAGGGAGAGACACACGAAAGAGAGAUUAAAGAAAAGGAAGAGAAAGAGAAGAUUGAGAAAGAAAGGAAAGACAAGGAGGAGAGAGAAAAGGAAGAGGCUGGGAGAUUGGAGAAGGAAAGGAAAGAAAAAGCAGGGAAGGAAAUGAGAGAAAAGGAAGAGGCCGAUAGGAUGGAGAAAGAAAGAAAAGACAAAGCGGAGAGAGAAAUCAGGGAAAGGGAAGAAGCGGAGAAAACGGAGAAAGAGAAAGCGGAGAAAGAAAGGAGAGAAAAGGAGGAGGCCGAAAGAAUGGAGAAAGAAAGAAAAGACAGGGAGGAGAGCGAAAUCCGAGAACGGGAAGAAGCAGAGAAAAUGGAGAAAGAAAGGAAAGAAAGACAGGAGAAGGCAUUGAGAGAAAAAGAGGAGGCCGAGAGAAUGGAGCAAGAAAGAAAAGAUAAAGAGGAAAGGGAACUCAGGGAAAGGGAGGAGGCUGAGAAAAUGGAGAAGGAAAGGAAGGAAAAACAGGAGAUGGAAAUGAGAGCGAGGGAAGAGGCGGAGAGAGUUGAGGAAGAAAGACAAGUAAAAGAGAGGAAAGAGAAGGAGGAGAGGGAGAAAGAGGAACGAGAGAUGAAAGAAAAGGAAGAGGCAAAGGCCAUCAAACAAAAGGAAGAGCACGAAAAGUUAGCGCAGGCAAGGAAAGCGGAAAAGGAAAGAGAUGAGAAAGAGUUGAGCGAGAGGGAAAGUCUGAUUGAAGAGAAAACGCAACAUGUUGGAGAGACAAAGACGAUGGCCGAAAUGGACAAAACCAAACCGUCCGAAAAAGAGCAACCGGAGCAAGCGUCGACUGCCGGAGCAGCUGCGGUCAAGGAGAUCACGGAGACCCGUACCGCCAUCGAAUCGGUCGUAACCGUCGAAGACGACUUCAUCACUGUGGUCCAGACCAUCGAUGAAGCAGAUGAACCGGGAUACAGUGUUCGUUUCUCUGCCCCACCUGAAGCUUUGGGCUUACCCGGCGAGCGAGAGCAAGAGGCUGAGGAGCAAGAGGAGGAGGAGAUGGACGAGGACGAGGAUGAUGACGAGGAGGAGUCUGUGGAGUUGGCCCAGGAGGCAGACAUCGAGGCGGCCAGUUUCGAAGAGGUUUGUGACAUUCCUGAGACCCCUGUGACUCCUGAGAGGGAAGUUCAGCCCUUAGAAACGGAGGCUCCAACAGACAGUUAUGACAAAGAUGAAACCACCAUGGACGACUCCAUCUUGGACAGCUCUUGGGUGGACCCACAAGAUGACGAUAAGAGCAUGGCCACAGAGCAGAUUCAGCCCUUGACGAAGGUGCCUAGCCCCGUCAAGAAGUCCACUGUCCAGACCAAGCAAACACAGCAGAAGAAAACAGAGAAGCAUGAAAAGCCACACAAGCCCAAAACUAAGAGCGGGCGGGUUAAAGGCAGACUGUCGACUCCUGAACGGAAGCAGAUGAGCAAGGAACCGGUUUGCAUCCCACGAGAGAAGAAAAAAGCCGUGAUCAAGAAGACUGAGUUUACCAAAAAAAUGGAGGCUCAGACUCUGUCCCCGUCCAAGAGGAUUGGACCGAAACAAGCUGUCCGCCAGGCCCGCCCCGUCCAGCACCAUUCCUGUCCUAGAAGGAGACCCACAGAGGCACUUUCGGACAGUCAUCAGCCUCUGACAGUUGCCAGGCGGUCUUGCGACAGAGCGUUGGAUGGUAGAUCGCAAAGUCCUGACAAGAGAUCUUCUGUGCCGCGGCAAGCUUCCUCUCUUAGUCGCCAUCCGUACCAGGAGCAUGAGGACAGUUCGACCUCCAUCACAAGCUCUGGAUCAACAGCUCCCCGCAGACCCACAGCCUGCCGUGCUGUGAUGAGAGCAGAUCAACGGACAGGUCGAGCUCCCAGUAUGACGGUCUCCGAGCCAAUCCGCUCCCGUUCAGCCCGCAGUGGCCACUCCACGCCACGUACCCCUGGCUCCAGCGCCAUGACCCCUGGCACCCCUCCCAGCUGCUCAUCCUCCUCAAGGACCCCCGGAACCCCGCGCUCGCUCAGCUUGAUGUCCCAGGAGAGGAGGGUGGCUGUGGCCCGUACCCCGCCCAAAUCCCCCGCUACCACACCCAAGCAGCUGCGAGUCAUUAACCAACCUCUUCCUGACUUCAAGAGGGUCCGGUCCAAGGUCCGCUCCAUAGAUAACAUCAAGUACCAGCCCAAAGGUGGACAGAAGCACAAGGAGCAAAUAAUGGCAACUGAGGCCAAACACAAGGCCCCAUCUUGGAUCUGGAACUCAGUGCUCCGCGUCAUCUCCUUGACGCUGUGUCUGUCAACGGCUCACAGUAUGACCUGGACCCAAGGCUUGCUGAAUCAUAUUGUAAACAAGAAGCUGGACUUCAGGUAUAUGCAAUCAAAAUGCAGCUCCAAGGAUAAUCUCAAGCAACCUCCCAGUGGAGGCAAUGUCCUCAUCCCCAGUGUUAAGAUGGACUAUAGCCAUGUUCAGUCUAGGUGUGGGUCCUUGGACAGGAGGGGCUACUCAGCAGGAGGUGGCAAUAUACAGAUACAGAACAAGAAGAUUGACCUGAGUCACGUGACCUCAAAGUGCGGCUCGUUAGACAACAUUCACCAUCGUCCUGGUGGCGGUAACGUUCGUAUUGAGAGCAUGAAGUUGGACUUUAAAGACAAAGCCCACGCAAAAGUGGGGUCCUUGGAUAAUGCUCAUCACACUCCAGGAGGAGGUCGUGUUACAAUUGAGAGCCACAGGUUGACAUUCCGCGACCACGCCAAGGCUCGAGUGGACCACGGGGCCGAUAUCAUCGUCCGGUCGCCGGGCCGAUCCCGUUCCAUGUCGCCUCACCGCCACCGGGACAGCCACCUUUCAUCGUCCGGCAGUCUCAACAUGUUGGAUUCGCCGCAGUUAGCGACCUUAGCGGAGGACCUCACUGCCGCUCUGGCGAAGCAGGGUUUGUGAACAUGCAUCGUGGAUGCUCUUACAUUGAACCUGUCAGCUAUUCACCACCCCACCCGCCGCCUUGAGGGCCACUCAGGGUGAUCGCGACUUUGCUUCACAUCUCAAAGACCCACGAGGAGGGACUCCUAACUUUCCUCUUUCUAUCUGUCUGUUUUCAUCCUUGACAUGUUCUAUUUGGUCCUACUUUCACCGGUGUCUCCUUUUGAAUGAUGUUGCAUAGAAUAGUUCACCUGUAGUGCUAAACGGGAUUACCUGUACAUACAAAUAGGGGGUAAUGGGGGAGCCUCAUAUUGACCUGACUGAUCUUGGGUCUACAUUUGAAAGGAGCUCUAGCUUUUAUUUACUUGUGGCCAUAUUCUGUACGUUAUGUGGCCAGCACAUCAUGCUGCACGUGUUGUUCUUGCUAACGUGCAUGGACAGCAGACCCCUUGAUAAGCCAAUUAUCCAUACUGCUCGUCAUUCGUUUCCUCCUAAUAUUUAACCAAACAAACAUCGAUACAUUGAGAGAGAGAGAGAGAGA